AUGAACGUGAAUGAAGUCAUCUCAAACAGGGCCAUCGAAAUGCUCGGUGGAGAGCUCGGCUCGAAGAAACCAGUGCAUCCCAACGACCACGUUAACAUGAGCCAGUCUAGUAAUGACACCUUCCCGACAGCAAUGCAUAUCGCUGUUGCCAGAGAGAUCAACAGCCGUCUUCUGCCUGCUUUGAAACAACUCCGUACAUCUCUUAACAACAAGGCUGAGGAAUUCAAAGACAUCAUCAAGAUCGGCCGCACACACACUCAAGAUGCCGUCCCUCUGACUCUUGGCCAAGAAUUCUCGGCCUAUGUGCAACAGGUAGAAAAUGGUAUCGCUCGUGUGGAAGGCGUUCUUCCACGUCUUUAUGAAUUGGCAGCUGGUGGAACUGCAGUAGGAACUGGUUUGAAUACUCGCAAAGGCUUUGCAGAAAAAGUUGCAAAGACGGUCUCCGAUCUCACCGGAUUGCCGUUCAAGACUGCACCAAACAAAUUUGAAGCUGUUGCUUGCCUCAGCGAGGCGCUUGGUGAGAGUUCCUAUGGUGCGCUGAAUGUGCUGGCUGCAUCAUUCAUGAAGAUCGGUAAUGAUAUCCGCUUCCUUGGCUCUGGACCAAGAUGUGGCCUCGGAGAGCUGUCACUUCCUGAGAACGAGCCAGGAAGCUCGAUUAUGCCAGGAAAGGUCAACCCUACCCAGUGCGAGGCCAUUACUAUGGUUGCUGCUCAGGUUAUGGGAAAUCAGGUCGCUGUGACUGUGGGAGGAUCUAAUGGUCACUUUGAGCUCAACCCGCUUUCAGCCACUGCAUGGUCAAGAUUUCUUCGAGUCGGACAGGUAUAA